GAUCCUAAGUUUAAACGAAAAGAUGAAGCUUCUAGGCGCAUUAGUUCCAGUUCUUGUGUUUGCUGUUAUAAUCUAUCAGGCAAAUGGUUUGUGUAACACUUGUUCAGCUAUAACUGGAUUAGCUUGUGUUUCAAACACUGAAUUCAAAGUUUGUAACCAAGGAGUACCUCAGGGAUCAGCAAUUACUUGCCCAGGUGGUUUAUCAUGCUCACCAGACCAAACAAUUUGCACUGCAGAUCCAAACGCACCGAAAUCUUGUCAAAAAUGUGGAUCUUGCAACGAUGGAAAACUAUUUGCAUGCACUAAAUACAAUGCAUUUUCGCUAUGUUUGGGAGCUGAUUCACCUGAAGGAACAAAGGAAUACGUUUGUCCUGAUAAUUUAGUAUGCAGCGUUGAUGCUAAAAACAUCUGCAUUAAUCCAUCAACUUCAGGACUUGGUGGUACAUGUCCAUAUGAUACCGGUGCGGAAGCAGAGGAUGAAGAAACCACGACAGAAGAACUUAUAACUACAACACCAAGUGCCAGAGAUCAUCCACAUGAAUUUUGUGCGACCAUAGGAUUUUCGGGCAGCUAUGAAGUUACUUCGGAUACUACUUGCAAACAAUAUAUUCGAUGUUCUCGGACACAAGCAGCCACAGGUCAAGUAUGGAACGGAAGUAUAUACCAGUGUCCACUGGCUACUUUCUUCAAUGCAACCACCCAACAAUGUGGUGACCAAAAGCCAGCUCGUUGUCCUUAAUUCAUUUAUUUCAACAACAACUUUUUCAAAUG